AUGUCGAACCAGGCGCAGCUCGUGCCGAGUCUCUUCGCUCUGCUACCUGCAGAGAACCUAGAGCUCUAUGUCGCCCGCAUCAGCCUUCAGUGUCUCCACACCGAGCCGUAUCACAUCCGAGACGACUUCUACGCCGCGACCAACCCCGUGAUCCCGAAUCAGACCCGAGUCCUGCGGUUGCGAGCCCGGAGACUGAAGAAGCGCCGAACGGCGCCCCAGCCGCGAUGGACGGCUGUUGAGACGAGUGUCCCGCAGGAGACGUGGGAGUACUCGAUGACUUGGGUCAGCAAUCCGUUGAACGGUCGCGAGUACCAGGACAUGAUGGUGCGAGCGCAGACUGGUCUUGAGACCAUGGGACUGAGCACCCGCGAGGAGAUCGAGGAGUUUAUCGAGACGAUGGGUUUCAACAGGCACACCCACACGAUCUCGAGGAUGGGACACUUGUUCCACAUGCCGAUCCCUGGCCACGCAUCGACUCUGCACCUCACGAUCACGCGUGUUUUCGGACCAGACGAGAAGCCCACUGCCCAGUCGACAGAACCCUUCCUCGUCCAGCUGCAACCCGCCCGCCCGCUGAACCCCGUUGCUCAGCGCGGAGAGCUCAACUUCCAGGACGCCAUGAAGGUCAUGCAGAACUGCGCCAGCAGGAUCGACGGUCUGCAGUGGGAGUCAGGCCGCCCACAAUAG